GAGAAAAGUAAAACAAAAGUAAAAGCAACAAGAAAACGAGAAAAUCAGUUCUUUGGCACUUAAUCCUCAAUGUUGAGAACCUUAUUCGCUGCUGGUCGUACUGCUGCUGCUGCUUCAAGUCAACGUUACUCUAGACUUUUAUUACUCCUGCUCCAGUUGUGUCUUCAGCUGAAUUCACCCACCCAUGGCGAAGUCUUCACAUUGGGCUAUCUCACCGGCUCGCAACGUCGUCCAGGUAAUCUGGACUAUCAACGUCCAGGCAUUACCAUAUCAGGCGCCAUAUCCCUAGCUGUGGAUCAGGUGAACGCUGGCAAAUUGCACAAAUUGGGUCAUUCACUGGAAUUCGUGGUCGCCGAGACAUUUGGUGAUGAAGUGGCCAGCAUACGACAGACAGCAGCUCUCUGGACACAGCAGGUGUCGGUUUAUAUUGGACCGCAGGAGACCUGUGUCCAUGAGGGACGAAUGGCAGCUGCUUUUAAUCUGCCUAUGAUUUCCUAUUAUUGUACGCAUCGUGAUCCAUCGAAUAAGGCGGAUUUUCCCACCUUUGCCCGUACACGUCCGCCCGAUACACAGAUCUCGAAAUCCGUUGUAGCUCUUCUUUUGGCCUUCAAUUGGACACAAGUUAGUUUCCUCUAUCUGGAUGAUGUUAGCAGUCAAUAUCAGCCAGUGGCAGAGACCAUAUUAAACACUCUAACAUUUGCUGGGGUCACCAUUAGGGAUAUUCGUACAUGGAAUACCAUUUAUCAUCAUGGCUUUAUGGCGAAUCCUUUUGACUUGCUGGUGGAACAAACCUAUGUGAAUACAAGGAUCUACCUCAUUUUGGGUCACUACUAUGAGCAUGUGGGACUUAUGGUCAGCUUACAGAGACGUGGACUUUUAACUAAUGGCGAUUAUUUUGUCGUUGGCAUUGAUAUUGAGCAAUAUGAGCCAGCCAAACCAGAGAAAUAUCUACGUGGCCUAUUGCUAGAGAAAGUUGAACCAUUAGCUGUUCAAGCUUUUCAGUCAUAUUUGGGUAUUGUGCCCACAGCGCCAGUUUCCUUUGCCACAUUUGCCAAUGAGGUUAACAAAUACAUGGAACGACCACCAUUCAAUUUUCCCAAUCCUCUGGGCCUUUUUGGUGGUGCCAAGCAGAUAAGCGCCGAAGCAGCCUAUCUCUAUGAUGCUGUGCAUCUCUAUGCCAAUGCCCUAAUAGAGGUCCUAGAGUCUGGCGGUAGACCCAAAAAUGGCAGCGCCAUUGUGUCGGCCAUCAAGGGCUCACGAUAUCUCAGUGCCAUGGGUUAUCAUGUGUAUAUCGAUGAGAAUGGCGAUGCAGCUGGCAACUAUACAGUCUUGGCGAGGGGUAAAGUACGCAAUAGCCGGAAUCAGACGGUGAUGGGUCUCUUACCCGUUGGUACAUUCAGUCACAAAGGCUCCAGCAAUAUAAGCGAAUCGCUGCCUGAUCUCAAUUUGUAUAGUCCCAUAGAGUGGGUGAGUGGCCAACGUCCGGCAGCUGAACCGCGAUGUGGUUUCGGUGGCGAGAAGUGUGUCAACUACACUGGCGAAAUCUCUGCAGGAAUAGCGGGUGGAGCUCUUCUGCUGUUGGGUUUGGUUUCGUUGGUCUUAUAUCGCAACUGGCGCUACGAACAGGAGCUGGACAGUCUCCUCUGGAAGAUAGACUUUCGCGAGGUGCAGAUGCACGAGAACGAACGGGAGCAACAGAGUCAGAAGCAGACGCGUUAUUUCUUAAAUCAAAUGCCGCGUCGUCUUCCUUCGCAGUCCACUCAUCCGCUGAUACGGACCAGUCAGGUUAGCUUAAGUUCCAAUCCGGAUGCCGAUUUUCGUUAUACAACCAUAUUCACACCGAUCGGCCUAUACAAGGGACAGCUCUAUGCUAUUAAGAAAGUGCGAAAGAAGAGUGUGGAUAUCACACGCGAAAUGAAAAAGGAACUCAAGUUGCUUCGAGAUGCUCGUCAUGAUAAUAUUUGCGCAUUUAUCGGAGCCUGCACAGAUCCACCCAAUAUUUGCAUUAUCAGUGAAUAUUGCACUCGUGGCAGUCUUAAGGACAUACUGGAGAAUGAAGACGUCAAGCUGGACAAUAUGUUCAUUGCCUCCAUGGUGGCGGACAUUAUACGCGGCGUCAUCUAUUUGCACGAAUCGCCCAUUCGCUUCCAUGGCUCGCUGUGCACAUCCAAUUGCCUGGUGGACUCACGUUGGGUGGUCAAGCUAACAGACUUCGGGCUAUUUGCGUUCAAACAGGGCAUUGAGGAUAGUUCCACGGACAUGCAGCACAUGUCGGCCAAGUGUUUGAAGUUAUUAUACCGAGCACCGGAACUCCUCAGGCAGGGUCCAUCUUCCCUAGUCAUGGGCACUCAGCGUGGUGAUGCCUAUUCCUUUGCCAUUAUACUGUACGAGAUGCAUGUGCGUCGUGGACCCUUCGGCGAGACGGGUCUGACGCCCAUGCAGUGUCUGCAAAAGGUGCUCACGCCGCAGGAUCCACUGCAUCCGUAUAGGCCAUCGCUGCAGCCGCUGGAGACGGCAUUCGAUUGUGUCAGCGAGUGCUUGAGAGAAUGCUGGGUAGAGAGAUCCGAAGAUCGUCCCGAUUUCAAAACAAUUAGGGCCAAGCUACGUCCUCUCAGGAAGGGCAUGAGACCAAAUAUCUUUGACAAUAUGAUGGCCAUGAUGGAGAAGUAUGCCAAUAAUCUGGAGGCGCUUGUUGACGAUCGCACGGACCAGUUGCAGGAGGAGAAGAAGAAGACUGACGCCCUAUUGCACGAAAUGCUGCCACGUUGUGUGGCCGAUCAAUUGAAAAAGGGCCACAAAGUCGAUCCCGAGCACUACGAACAGGUUAGCAUCUAUUUCAGUGACAUUGUGGGAUUCACGGCCAUGUCGGCGGAAAGUUCCCCCCUGCAAGUGGUGGACUUUCUCAACGAUCUCUACACCUGCUUCGAUUCGAUCAUUGGCCACUACGAUGUCUACAAAGUGGAGACCAUUGGCGAUGCCUACAUGGUGGUCUCUGGCCUGCCCCUUCGGAAUGGUGAUCUUCACGCUGCCGAGAUAGCAACCAUGUCCUUGCAUUUACUCAGCGCCGUCUCCGAGUUUAAAAUCCGUCACAGGCCCACCAAUCGUUUGCUCCUUCGCAUUGGCAUCCACACGGGCCCCGUCUGCGCUGGUGUUGUGGGUCUCAAAAUGCCACGUUACUGUCUCUUUGGCGACACUGUGAACACCGCCUCGCGCAUGGAGUCGAGCGGUGUGCCCCUGAAAAUCCAUUGCAGCUGGCAGUGUCGUCAACUGCUGGAACGUCUUGGAGGCUAUCAUUGCCAGGAACGUGGCAUUAUCUCCAUGAAAGGCAAGGGCGAGCAACGUACCUACUGGCUGCUGGGUGAAGAUGAAGAGGCUCGAGUUCGCCGUACCUAUGAACGUUCCCAGCGCCGGGGCUCGCGAGCUCUCAAUAAAUUCAUUCAGGGCACCAUCAAGCAACAGGAGACAACCACCAGCGAGUACGGGAUACGCUCAUCAUUGAAGCAAAAGACCUUGCCACGCAAUUCCCUGACACGCUCCUCGAGUCUCGAAUCGCCAAAGAAAUUGCGCUUUGCCGCCGGCAGUCUACUCGAACAUCAUCGCUAUCAUAGUGAUGAGGCACUCCUCGAAGUGGAUUCCUAUACGGGAUUGCGUCGCUCAUCGGGUGGAUCGAAUCACUCACGCUAUGAGGAGACGACAUUAUCCUGCCAAAGUAUUGAAAUACUUGGAACUCUGCCAGCCAAAAGGCGUCCAUCUUCCUAUCCCACUGCCAAUACGCCGCUAUUAAUGAAUCACAUGGAGGUCUAACUUCAAAGGAGGACUGCCAAAAACAACAAAAAAAAAGAAGGAAAAAACAAAAAUUAUUAAAUACUAAAUAGCUAAAUCAAUUACAGGAAUCAUAGUAGAAUUUGUUUGUUUUUCUCGUUGUGGAAAA